AUGGACUAUUCCAGAUUUUUGACAGCUGUGAGUGCAGCAAGGAAACCAUCAGCCAUUCGCAUUUUGAGUAAGCCAUCGGAGCUGCAGCAGCGCUCUCCUCCCACCCUGAUCUCUCUUGCUGGAGGAGCACCAAACCCAAACACCUUCCCCUUCCACUCAGCCGUUAUUCACAUGAAGACUGGAGAAAAAGUUGUGUUUGAUGAGUCUUUAAUGAAGAGAGCUCUACAGUAUUCUGCUUCUAACGGUAUUCCAGAGCUGGUCUCAUGGAUGAUGGAGCUGCAGAAGAAGCUGCAUGACCCUCCCACUGUUGCCUACAGCCCACAGAGAGGCAAGAUGGAACUGUGUGUUACCACUGGGAGCCAGGAGGCACUCAGCAAAGUAUUUGAAAUGCUCAUCAAUCCUGGAGACAAUGUUCUUCUUGAUGCUCCUACAUACUCAGGAACUUUGGCAGUGCUCCAGCCGCUGGGAUGCAACAUAAUAAAUGUCCCCAGUGAUCAGUAUGGUAUGAUCCCGGACGGCCUUAAGGACAUUUUGGCUCGGUGGGACCCUGCAGAUGCACACAAACCUGGCAGCACUGUGCCCAAAGUGCUCUACACCAUCCCUAAUGGAGGAAAUCCUACAGGUAUCUCCAUGACCACUGAGAGGAAACAGCAGGUCUAUGAGCUUGCAAGGAGGUAUGACUUUCUUAUUAUUGAGGAUGACCCAUAUUACUUCCUGCAGUUUCAGGAGCCAUGGGCUCCAACAUUUCUCUCUAUGGAUGUUGAUGGCAGAGUUUUACGAACCGACUCCUUUUCUAAGAUCUUAUCUUCAGGUUUAAGAAUAGGUUUUGUCACCGGGCCAAAGCCAUUGGUGGACCGUGUGGUUCUCCACAUCCAAGCAUCAACCAUACACACCAGCACCUUCACACAACUGAUGGUCUCACAGCUGCUGCACGCUUGGGGUCAGGAGGGCUUCCUGAAACAUAUUGAUGGGGUGGUUGAGUUUUACAAAGCUCAGAGAAAUGCUAUGCUCUCGUCCGCAGAUAAAUGGCUUACAGAUGUAGCAGAGUGGCAUGCACCAUCAGCUGGCAUGUUUCUGUGGAUUAAACUAAAGGGCAUUGAAGACACACAAGAACUUAUAAUGAAAAAAGCCCUGGACAAAGAAGUGCUUCUGGUACCGGGUGGCAUGUUUAACAUUCACAGCUCAGAGCCAUGUCCAUAUGUGAGAGCUGCCUUCUCCCUGUCCACACCAGAGCAGAUCGAUGAGGCUUUCAAGAGACUCUCUGCACUAAUCAAGGAAUCUUUGGGACAAUGCACUUAAAGAAUGAAAGAAGAU